CUCCGGGCUCCGUGUUUGAUUUGGGGCGGUAGCGCCGGGCGCCCUCGCUGCCUUUCUGCGCUCUGCCUGUACGGCUGGGGCUCCCCGGGGCCGUGCCUGGCGCUCCCUGAGUACAGCUCACACAAACUGGACUCGGGCAAUGGAGUACCGAGGAGCUGCCAUUGGAUGGGAGCUGUAAAUUAUUAUCUAUGCUAAUGUGGAACAGUUCCUUAUUCCUGGGAAUAGUUUUAUGAAAGCAGAACAUCUCCUGUGAUUAUGAUAACCCAAAGGUUCCAGUGCUCUGCCCUGCCAACCACAGCCCAGCUGCUUUUGUGACCUGUGCCCUGCUCUGAGGGGACCUGUGGGGAAGAGUGAGGCAGGAAAAGAACUGAAACAACUGUGGUUGUCACUUCUGAGAGUUGAAGAGUUACACGGUCUGCUGCAUUAUUGUAAAGGAGAUACAGCUUGGUCAAGACUUUUGUGACUAAUAAUAAUAAAUUCUAGGAGUGUCCCACAUAUAUAGAACCUUUACAGAUGCAGAGACUGUCUGCAGGGAUCUGCUGCCUCGUUUGGAGGAGCCCCAGGGUGAAGGCAUAGAGCCAUCAGGGCCACAGACAUCUUGAAGAAAAGUGAGAAAUAGUGGGUGAGAGGAGGAAUGAUGUAUUUCUGUUGACAGCAGAAUGUGACGGCGUCAUAGCUGUGGAAUCUUGGAUGAUGACUGACAGGAAUGCCUCCAGCAGAGAGCUGAAUUCCUUCUCUCGUCAUUAGGGCAGAGUGAUGUUUUGCAGCAUCUGGCAUAUAAUCAAGACCCUGUUUUAGUCUCUGUGGACUUCUUUUGCUGAUGGCAGAGUCAGACUGAGAAUAGAUAACUCAUGCCCACAGACUCCCAUAACAGUUCAUCAGAUGUUCAAGGAGAGCCUGGAAAAAUAUGGAUCCCUUAAUGCUUUGGCCAGCAAAAAGAAUGGAAAAUGGGAGAAAAUAACUUUUUCAGAGUAUUACUGCCUCUCUAGGAAAGCAGCCAAGAGCUUCUUGAAGCUUGGUCUUGAAAGAUUCCAUAGCGUAGCAAUCCUUGGAUUUAAUUCUCCAGAAUGGUUCAUCUCAGCUGUUGGAGCUAUUUUUGCUGGAGGAAUUGUCACAGGAAUAUAUACAACCAAUUCUCCAGAGGCCUGUCACUACAUUGCCCAUGACAGCAGGACUGAUGUCAUGGUUGUGGAAAAUCAGAAACAGCUGGACAAGAUAAUGCAGAUCUGGAAUCGGUUGCCCCACUUGAAGGCUGUGGUGCUGUAUAAGGACUCCAUUGCAGAGAGACAUCCAAAUUUGUACACGAUGGAAGAGUUUCUGGAGCUGGGAGGUGACGUCUCUGACAGUACUUUGGAUGACAUUAUUAACUCCCAAAAGCCGAAUCAGUGCUGUGUUCUGAUAUACACCUCUGGAACAACUGGGAAGCCAAAAGGAGCCAUGCUGAGUCAUGACAAUAUAACUUGGACAUCAGCCCAUUGCAGCAGAGCAGGAGGUAUGCAUCCUGCAGAGGUCCAGCAGGAGUCCAUAGUCAGUUAUCUCCCACUCAGCCACAUAGCUGCACAGAUCUAUGACCUGUGGACUGGAAUCAAAUGGGGAGAGCAAGUUUACUUUGCUGAGCCAGAUGCUCUAAAGGGCAGCUUGAUCAACACACUAAAAGAAGUGCAGCCAACAUCUCACAUGGGAGUUCCCAGAGUAUGGGAGAAAAUCAUGGAGAAGUUAAAGGAUGUUUCUGCUCAGUCAGGAUUUAUAAAGAAGAAAAUCCUUUCCUGGGCUAUGUCACUUAGCUUAGAGAGGAACCUGAAUGGCUCAAACAGCAGUGAUCUAAAGCAGCUCUGCACAAGACUAGCAGACUACUUAGUGCUUGCGAAAAUCCGCAGCGCACUGGGGCUUUCUUCCUGUCAGAAGCACUUUUCUGGUGCUGCUCCUCUCAAUACAGAAACACUGUAUUUCUUCCUGGGUCUGAACAUCACUCUGUAUGAGGCCUAUGGGAUGAGCGAGACCACAGGCCCACAUUGCCUUUCUGGGCCUUACAUUUACAGGCAGCACAGCUGUGGUAAACCAGCACCUGGAUGCAGAGUGAAACUGGUGGACAAAGAUACAGAAGGCAAUGGAGAAAUCUGUUUCUGGGGAAGGACUGUUUUCAUGGGUUAUUUAAAUAUGGAAGACAGAACAAAAGAAGCCUUUGAUGAGGAGGGGUGGCUGCAUUCUGGAGAUUUAGGAAAGCUAGACAAGGAUGGCUUUCUCUAUGUCACUGGAAGAAUUAAAGAUUUGAUUAUUACAGCUGGAGGUGAAAACGUGCCUCCAAUUCCAAUUGAAGAUGCUGUUAAAAAAGAACUUCCAAUUGUUAGUAAUGCUAUGGUGAUUGGAGAUAAGAAGAAGUUUUUGUCAAUGUUCCUGACCCUAAAGAGUGUGCUGGACCCAGAUACAUCUGAUCCUACUGACAUUCUCACAGAGCAAGCCAGAGACUUCUGCCAGAGGAGUGGUAGUAAAGCCACCAAAGUGUCCGAGAUCGUAGCUGCAAGAGACCAGGCGACCUACAGAGCCAUCCAGGAGGGAAUCGACAGAGUCAACAGCACUGCUACCAACAGGGUUCACUGCAUCCAGAAAUGGAUCGUCCUGCCAAGAGAUUUUUCCAUUUCUGGGGGAGAACUAGGUCCCACAAUGAAGCUGAAGCGGCUCGCUGUGCUCGAGAAAUACCGAAAUGAAGUAGACUCCUUCUAUAAAGAAUAAAAAGUGUUUCCUCCAAGCACUAA